AUGUUUCAUGCUUUCCCCAUAUUUGCUUCCCUCUGCCUUCUUUCGCUCUUUUCCAACGUUUUAGCCAAUGACGAAAACCCUCUGUGGUACAUUGGCACCGCUGCCUCCGCGAGCAUCUCCGCAGAGGACGGCCGUUUGAGCUUCAGGUCGGCCGCGCUGCUAGAGACGAGACUUCAGCUGCUCAAGAUCAACAUAUUCCCCGACGUGCUACGCACGACCAUGGAGCAAAAGCUGCCCCGUGAACCGUUUUUUAUUUACGGCGUGGAUUUCUGGAAGGACGACUUUGCCCACUCGCAGUUUGAAAACUUCAAGAACAAGCUGAGGGCCCAGGGCAAGAAUCCCGUCAGCGUCGAUCACAUCGCCAUGGAUUUCACACGCAGAGUCGUGGUCCCUUGGUGGACCAUCAAAGGGUAUGAGAAGUGCACUCCUCAAUACGGAUACGGGCCAGUCAAGUGCACAUAUCACCCAAACAAAGAUUUUGGUAAAAAGCCCGACACCCCGCUGAAGCCGGAAAAUUACGAGUUUGAGAUGGGUAUAAGAACAGACGUUCAUUGA